AUGAUGGAUGCCGGGUCGGAUUACGAUGCCCCGUCACCCUCCACAGGGCCGUGGCGCAACAACCAUCGAUUCCCGCGCCAUCGCAGCAGCACUCUCUCGCAAUUACAACACAAUGCAAAUGAUUCCCUGAGUGGAGGACUUCGUGAGCCUAUAUCCUUCAAACGCAAACAAAAACAACGCUCAGGGUUCAGUCUAUCAAAUAUCUUCUUUAGCGAGUCUCCCGGGCAGUCGGGUUUCGGCCGUUCAACCUUUCGAAAUGGACGUACAACGGAUGAGGAUGACUCUCGAACAAGGAACGACGCUUCGCGGGCGAACGGCAACUAUAAUGUGCAGAAAGAAGGCGGCCUUCUAGAUUGGUAUAUUGAAGGCCCCGGCCGACGUGUUGGCUACGAUGAUUUUACCGCCAUCGAUUGGAUAUUCGAAUAUACGAAGGAGCGUCAACGAAAACGAUUACUUUCUAGUGGUGGACAAGGAGUGCUGGGACAUAUCCGCAAAUUUCUCGAUGGUAGUCACGUUUGGUUGGUCCUUAUCGCUACUGGGAUAUCGGUCGGAAUCAUCGCCGCGUCUAUUGACAUCGUAAGCAACUGGCUUGGGGAUAUAAAAGCCGGAUAUUGUAAAAAUGGUCCCGGUGGAGGAAGAUUCUACUUAAAUCGGAGCUUCUGUUGCUGGGGCCAUGAAGAAGACCCUUCCAAUUGCUUAGACUGGACACCCUGGGGAAAGGCUGUUGGAAGUACUUCGUCCGGUGGAGCCUAUGCCGUCGAGUAUAUCUUCUAUAUCCUUUACUCAGUGUUCUUUGCCCUCUGCGCUUGUAUACUGGUCAGAAACUAUGCGCUCUAUGCACGACAUAGCGGAAUACCCGAAAUCAAGACAGUUUUGGGCGGUUUUAUUAUUAAGCAUUUCAUGGGGCCUUGGACACUCGCGAUCAAGUCGCUUGGUUUGGUAGGUCGGGUCAACCCCACACACUGUUCGGGGACUAAUAACUCGCAGUGCUUGUCUGUCGCAUCUGGUAUGUGGCUUGGUAAAGAAGGUCCGCUUGUCCAUGUGGCAUGUUGUUGUGCCAGUGUUAUAAUGAAGCCUUUCGAGAGCCUGAACGGUAACGAAGCAAGGAAACGAGAAGUACUCUCCGCGGCCGCUGCGGCGGGAAUUUCCGUGGCAUUUAGCGCGCCCAUCGGAGGUGUUCUUUUCAGCUUGGAGCAACUAUCAUACUAUUUUCCGGAUAAGGCCAUGUGGCAGAGCUUUGUGUGCGCCAUGGUGGCGGCUGUCACUCUCCAAGCCCUAAAUCCGUUCCGUACGGGUAACAUCGUCCUUUACGAGGUUAAAUACACAAGAGGUUGGCAUCGUUUUGAGAUGAUCCCGUUCAUCAUUCUUGGGAUAGUGGGCGGUCUUUAUGGCGCCUUCUUCAUCCGCUUGAACAUGAGAGUCGCAAAAUGGCGGCGGACUCGGAGCUUCUCCUAUCCAUUCGUCGAAGUCAUCGUUGUAGCCCUCCUCAGCGCUGUCAUAAACUUUCCGAAUAUCUUCAUGAGGGCGCAGAUCUCAGAACUUGUGCAUUCUUUGUUUGCUGAGUGCAGUACUGGAACUCCGGACCCAUUCGGCCUCUGCAAGACCGGGGCAGCGUCAGCCGGUACGGUCGCUCUCCUACUAGUUGCUGCUGUUCUUGGUUUCUUUCUCGCAUCUAUGACGUUCGGACUCGAUAUCCCUGCUGGUAUCAUCCUGCCAUCCUUUGCGAUUGGCGCCCUAUAUGGACGUGCUUUGGGUACUGCUUUCAAAAUAUGGCAAGAUGCAUUCCCGGACUUCUUCCUAUUCGGCAAUUGCGAGCCGGAUAUCCCUUGCGUGACUCCGGGACUCUACGCAAUUGUCGGCGCGGCUUCAGCUCUUGGAGGCGCUACAAGGAUGACCGUGUCCAUAGUUGUUAUCAUGUUCGAGCUUACAGGUGCUCUGACCUAUGUCAUUCCUAUAAUGAUUGCAGUGAUGUUAUCCAAAUGGUGCGGAGAUAUCUUUGGAAAGCGUGGCAUCUACGAGUCGUGGAUUCAUCUGAACGAGUAUCCAUUCCUCGACCAUCGCGACGACACUGCUCCUCCUGAUGUCCCUGCCCAUAACGUUAUGACCAAGGUCGAUGAUAUCACAGUCAUCACAGCCGUCGGCCAUACAGUUGGUUCGCUUCGCAACCUUCUCAAGACCACCUCAUACCGUGGAUUUCCCGUCGUCACUGAGACUUCACACCCUGUCCUUCUUGGCUACAUCUCCCGCAAUGAACUUUCUUAUGCAUUGAGGCCCCCGGCUGCUCCGUCCAUCCGAGAACUCUCCAGCACAACCCAGGCCUUUUUCGCUCAUCAGCCAUUCGCAGACCCUUUGGAUACUCUAGACCUCCGGCCGUGGAUGGAUCAGACACCUAUUACUCUCAACAGCGGUACGACCUUCUUAAUAGUGCUACGGAUGUUCCAGCGGCUUGGGCUCCGAUACGUUCUCUUCGUCAACAAGGGUGUUCUUCAGGGACUUCUGACCAAGAAAGACGUCUGGUCGGUAGUCAAUGAUCCUGCUUCCCGUCGGGGUGAAUGGACAAGUGAUGGGCCGCUAGGGGAAGGCAACACGGCUGAAGCAGUCGGACUUCUUGAGGGCGACAACGGGACCAACCUUGCCACCCCGCUCACCCCACUUGAGGAACGACGGCCGUCGCUAUAA